GUGACGUCACGCACUCAGACCCCGCCCCUCGGCGCGGCGAGAGCGGAGCUUUGCACGCGGCUGUGCCGUGUCGCGCCCUGUCACGAUGUCGGCCGCCUUCAGGAAAGCCGCCAAAUCGAGGCAGCGGCAGCACCGCGAGCGGGCACAGCCCGCCUGCAGGAAGAAGCUGGGGUUGCUGGAGAAGAAGCAGGACUACCGGCUGCGGGCACAGGACUAUCACAAAAAGCAAAAUGCCCUCCGAGCGCUUCAGAAGAAAGCUCUGGACAAGAACCCUGAUGAGUUCUACUUCAAAAUGAUCCGUACGCAGCUCAAGGAUGGAGUUCAUGUAAUUAAGCAGCCAAAGGAUGAAGUGACCCCUGAACAGAUGAAACUGAUGAAGACACAGGAUCUUAAGUAUGUGGAAAUGAAAAGAGUGGCAGAAGCCAAGAAAAUCGAAAGGCUGAAGUCGGAGCUCCAUCUGCUGGAUGUUGAGGGGAAGCAGCCCAACAAGCACACGUUCUUUUUUGAUACUAAGAAAGAAGUUCAAGAGUUUGAUAUUGCAACUCAUCUGAAUACUGUUCCAGAGCUGGUAGACAGAGUCUACAACCGACCAACCAUUGAAACACUGCAGAAAGAGACACUGAAAGGAGCUACUGAUCUUGCUCAUUUAAAGAAAUUAGACCAACAAAGGAAGAAUCAGUACGACCUCCUGAAGCAGCGCAUUGAGAGAGAAAAGAGCAUGUUUGUUAUUGCACAGAAAAUCCAGACACGUAAAGAUCUUUUGGACAAAACUCAUAAAGUAAAGGUGAAGAAGGAGACAACAAAUGGCCCAGCUAUUUACAAAUUCAAGUUUCAGCGGAAGCGUUGAUGGUUCCAUUGAAUAACCACUGCUACAGCCCUUGUUUAGAAAGAGAUCCUUAUGGUGAAGGAUCUGUUUGCUUUUCAUCACAGCCUAACACUUGGUUAAAACAAAUUACCACGGGUCUGCAGUAGCCAUAAAUAUAUUUUAUCUAAUUAAUUGAUUAAUAAAUCAAAGAGUUUGUUCUCUUGGUAUUUACAGUG